UCUGCGCUUCUCGGGAUCAGAGCGACACCAGCUCCAGACGCGCAUCGCGGUGGCACACGGGGCGCACGGAGCGUCCGUCCCGCACAGGAUCGUAUGCGCUCUUUCACUCUCCGCAGCCGUCUUCAAGUUGUGUCCAUAGCGGCGGCAGAAACACAAAGAGAACGCAGAGAAAGCGCCUUGCGAUUGAUGUGGUAUGGUAUGGGAAAGACAACCUGAAGGACCCCAGAGCCGUCAUUCACACAGAGAGGCAGCGAGGCCAUUUGGCUGAGGGAUGGUUUGUUCUUUUCCAGCCUGAAUCAUUGAUGGAGCUGUCAAGAUAAGGAAAUACCACCGGAUCGCUGAACAGUGAACUUUCUAAACCAGUGGAUUGCUUCAGAGGGGGAAAGAAGCUGUCCAGGAUCAAACAAAGCCACAGACAGUGAAAUCAGUUGGAUUUUUCUCACUUCAAGAAUUGUGCUUUAACAGGAAAAGCCAGUUUUCUCAGGAAGUGGACGACAGAUGACUUACAUAACUGUUAAAUAAUGUCACUAUAAAAUGGACACAAUAGAAGUAAAGCACCUGAAACACUGAAGAAACCACACUGACCUUUGGAACUGACAUUCAAUGAUCACUGCAAGACACGAGUUCCUUUGACUAAAAGGCAUGAAGUGAAUUUGGAAGCUUUUCAAGUUGUUUUUGCUUUUGUUUUUGUUUUUUUAAAGGCUAAGCCAAGAAUGAAAGGGAACUGUCACUCUUCCUCCUCAACACAAUUGAAUCCCUGUGCCCUCGUUUCUCCAGUGAGCACACAACUAGUCUAGCUGUUUGCUCCAUUCAAAAAUUCAAAGCUUCAAAAGGAGUUUUUUUUUUUUUUUUUGAGGGGGGCUCGGAUUUACUUUUGUGAAUUCAUACCAACAUUCUGUUCACUGCUUCAUGCCGUGAAUGGCUGACAAUGCUCCAAUACAAAGCAGAUCCCUGCAGUUAUGAAUCCAAUAUGCUGAAUGAGCUGCCCUAUGUUCAGCAGAAGACUUCAGGAUGAUCCAAGGCCCUGUGGAUUAACAUCCAACACAUUUUCAGCUUUCCCUGGCUGAGCUGUAUAUUUUUAUAAGCUUGAACGCCUUCACUAAAACCUAACCUUUCUGCAUAUUUUACAUUCAAUGUAGGGCUAGGUCAUAUCUUAUUUUUAUUUUAUUUUAUUUAUUUUUGUUUCCAUUACAAUGGCUCUUUUUUUGACAGCUUGGACAGUUUUGCCAACAUUAGGCCUUCUUAGUUGCUGUAACUUUGGGUGGUGUGAACCUUCAAGGACUAGCAGUUUGGCUUCUGGUGGGAUGAAGCAGCAGUCAGGGCCCUCGUCCCUGGAACGGGUUAAAAGAGGAUGGGUCUGGAACCAGUUCUUUGUAGUAGAGGAGUACACAGGAACGGAGCCGCUGUAUGUAGGAAAGAUUCACACGGACUCUGAUGAGGGUGAAGGCAACAUCAAGUACACAAUCUCCGGAGAAGGUGCUGGCUCCAUCUUUAUCAUUGAUGAACUAACAGGAGAUAUCCACGCCACAGAGAGACUGGAUCGUGAAGAAAAGGCCUUUUAUACACUCCGGGCUCAGGCACGGGACCGACUCUCCAAUGACCCGCUAGAACCAGAGUCAGAGUUUGUAAUCAAGGUCCAGGACAUCAAUGACAGUGAGCCCAAGUUCUUGGAGGGUCCCUACAUCGGCAGUGUGGCAGAGCUGUCACCCAUAGGAACAUCAGUGAUGAAAGUCACUGCAUCAGAUGCAGAUGACCCGGCAUACGGAAGCAGUGCCAAAGUUGUUUACAGUGUCUUGGAUGGAGAAAAGUUUUUCACUGUGGACAGACACUCAGGCAUCAUCAUGACAGCAGUGGCUGACUUGGAUCGUGAGACACAGGACCGUUAUGAGUUAGUUGUCAAGGCAACAGACAUGGCAGGACAAAUGGGUGGCCUCUCCGGUUCAACCACAGUGACCAUAGUGAUCACAGACGUUAAUGACAACCCACCACGCUUCCCGCAGAAGAUGUACCAGUUUUUGGUGUCAGAGGGUUCGGCCGUGGGAACCCCAGUUGGCCGCGUGAUUGCUACAGAUGCAGACAUGGGAGAGAACACGGACAUGAGCUAUCUGAUCAAAGAGGGAGGGGAGCUCUUCAAAGUUACUACUGAUGUAGAGACACAGGAGGCAGUUGUGUCCAUUAAGAAGGCACUGGACUUUGAGACCAAGCGCACCCACAAUGUUGUGGUGGAAGCAGUAAAUAAGCAUGUUGACCCUCGCUUCGUGGACCUGGGCUCCUUUAGAGACCAGACUAUUUUUCGGGUCAGUGUGUCAGACACUGAUGAGCCACCCAUCUUUCAACCAGCAGAGGGCACUAUUAUGGAAGUGCAGGAGGAUAUCAAAGUUGGAGCGUUAGUUGGUGUCGUCACUGCCAAGGAUCCAGAUGUGAAGAAUAAACCCAUCAGGUUCUCCAUAGUUCGGAGCACAGAUGAGGAGAUGAUAUUCCAUAUUGAUCCUGAUACUGGCGCCAUCACACUUGGAAAGAGCUUGGAUCGGGAGACUGCAGGCUGGCACAAUAUCACUGUGAAAGCAGUGGAAGCAGAUAAUCACACCAUGGCUUCUCAUUCAGCUGUGAGUAUUCGUAUUUUGGAUGUAAAUGAUAAUCCUCCUGAACUUGCCACACCUUAUGAAGCCUCCAUCUGUGAAGACGCCAAGCCUGGCCAGCUCAUCCACACCAUCAGUGUGGUGGAUCGAGAUGAGCCGCAAACCGGACAUCGGUUCUACUUCACCCUGGCUCCCGAAGCCUCGAGUAAUCGCCACUUUACUCUGUGGGAUAUCAAAGACAACACAGCUGGAAUCCGGACUCAGCGGUCAGGCUUUAACCGCCAUAAGCAGAAUGUGUACUUCCUGCCCAUCCUGGUGGUUGACAGCGGGCCGCCUUCUCUCAGCUCCACAGGCACCCUGACCAUUCAUGUCUGCGGCUGCGACCCAGAUGGAGAGAUCCAGUCCUGCAAUGCCACAGCCUAUGUAAUGAGUGCCGCUCUCAGCCCUGGAGCCCUGAUAGCACUGCUGGUGUGCCUGCUCAUCCUCAUAGUCCUUGUUUUGCUGAUUCUGACACUGAAGCGCCACAGGAAGAGCCAGAGAAUGGCAGAGGAUGAAGAGGACAUGAGGGAUAACGUCAUCAAGUACAACGACGAGGGCGGUGGGGAGCAGGAUACUCAGGCUUAUGACAUGAGCGCCCUGAGGAACCUCUAUGACUUCCCCGAGGCCAAGAGCUGUGACUCUGGCUCAGAGAUCCGCUCGCUGCCUCAGUGGGUUCAGGCUAACCGGGCGAGUGGUGCUGAGGCGGCUUUGGCAGCAGCAGACUACUCCUUAUUCAAAGGCUACAUCCGUAAGAAGGUGGAGCAAGCAGACGCGGACCUGUCAGUGCCACCGUAUGAUUCCUUUCAGACAUACGCUUUUGAGGGCACCAGUUCACCCGCUCUUUCCCUAAGCUCCAUCCACACGCUGUCCACCACAUCAGAGCAGGAUUUCUCCUACCUCAGCGACUGGGGACCACGUUUCAGGCAACUGGCAGGUUACUAUGCUCCAGGAAAUCCAGAAGAGGAGGGGUCCUAGCACAGCUCCUUGGCGGAGAGACUUUUAAUUUCCACUCUGUCCUCUUCUUUCCACCUCUUCUGCCUCAUCUUCUCACCUCAUGGCACUCAACAGAGAUCAUCAGAGCCAGUACUGUGUACUCUGUAAGGACAGAGCACCGCCUCAUUAUCUCUCUAAAGAAGAAACCUCCCAGCGCCUGACUUUAAACUCAAGUUUCUGCUUACAAAAAACAAAACAAACACUUCUGUUUGUGUGUUGUUUGUAUGAUUCUCCUUGAGUUAAGUGAGAGAAAGAGAAAGGUAGCCACUCAUGAAAAUUGCUGUUUAAACACAGUCUGUCUAAAAGAAAGGAUUUCUCUGCUGACGGUUUUCAGACUUCAAAACAUCUUAUGUUGACUAGGUUUUCCCAUACCAAGGCAAACUGUCUGAACAUGUAUUUAUUUCAGAAGGAAUAUUUAUGUAUUUAUUCAUUUUUAUGUAUUUAUUUAUUUAUUUAUUUACACCACAAUGGCAAUGGCAAGACUGAACUUUGCUGAAGUGCUCAACAAUAAAAUGAGGGGAGGAGGACAACAUUUAAGGAAAAAAAGGACUGCUGUGACAGUGGAUCACAAUACGGUGUCAUUUGGGGAAUAUAAAAUUGCAUUCUUAAUGCUAAAGAGAAAGAAAAAUAUUUGUAUUUAUUUUGUAUAUGAUGACUUUUGUAAAAAAAAAAAUAGAAAAAGAAAAACUAUGUUGGACAGAUUAAUGGCAAAGAAACUCUAAAUGGGUUGGAGACAGAUGGACAGCGAGAACGUCUGGUUUGGCCUGAGCUGUUGAGACUGACACACUCUCCCUCUGUUCUUGUGAUUUAUAAAGCGCUUUUUGGAGGUGACAUACUGAGGACAAUUGUGUUCUUUUCCAAUCCUCUCCACAGCCAAUUGUAAGGCAAUAAGGCACAAACCUCAACAGUGAUUUAAGACUAAACAAAAUGACUGCUCCAUGGAAUUGGCUGCCGGGCGCCUUUGUCCCAAGAAGAGCCUCUUUUCAUUCUUCAAUUGUGUGUGAAUGUGUACAAAA